UAUAAAUAGAAAAGGGGGGAGAAGCCAAUGUAAAAUGGUGCUUUCAGUGCACAAACACGUCCCCAUGGAUCAUAUGAAAUUAAGGAUAUAUUUUCUGUCACUGGUCCAUGAUAAUUCCACCAAGGCAGCUGUGAGUAACCUCUGACUGGAUUUCUGAGGUGCAGCCUGUGUUAUUCUCUCUGGUGGCAAUGUAUAAUUUAGUUUAUUUCUCUACAUCCAUUUUGAAUGUGUCUUUUUCACCAGUAAUGGCAAGGUAUAAGAAAUGCAAACGAAAACGAAGAGCCCGAGCAAAAUUUCGGCUGGAAAAAAAGAGCAAGGCUGCAGCCCCCCAGGGCUCAGCUUGUCCCUCUCCACGGUCACCAGCUCCUCUCCCUCUGAACACAACACCAGUCCCAAAGGGCUCCCACUGGCCUUUAGCCUUGCCCAGUGUAAAAAGUGUGGUCAAACCCUUGACAACAGCUGCUUCAUUUCUGUACUGGUGGUGCCAGAGCAGGCUUGCACAGAGCUUUCAGAUGGUUAAAGAUACUGUAUUUCCAUCACAAGUCUACUUAAGGGAACUAAAUACGUUCAGGGAGAAGCUGGAGAAGUUGGAAAGUGAAUUUUCCAAGCUACAAGGAGCACUCCAGAUGAACGGAGUGGCAGCUUUGUCUUCAGAAAGUUCUCUUUGCCAAAGGUGUCACAAGCCAGUCCUGGCUGCUCCUGUGGGGACACAGAUGGAUCCUCCACCAUCAGCAUCCGUGCCUGUGUCUAUCCCCCCUCCUCCUCCACCACUGCCUCCACCAAAACUGCCUCCAGCACCUCUCCUCCUCCAACGGGGCACAGCCUCUAAACUGGCACCACCAGUGAAAAAGGAUGGGCCCAUGCACAUCACCCUCAAAGACCUCCUGAAUGUUAAACUGAAGAAGACAAACAGCAGCCUGAGAAUGGACAAGGAACAAUCACCAGUGAAGCCACGCAGGGCAUUAAUUACAGUCACAGAUCUACAGAGUGUUAGUCUGAGACCUAAAUCCAAGCCAGCAGCUCAUGCUACAAAAUCUUUAAUUACCUCUCCUAAAAAUCAGAUUGAUCUUCGGAAACAUCUGAAGAAAGUCGAUAUACAAAGAAGUCCUGGUGGCACUCCUCUAAACAGUAAAGAAAACACUGAGUGUGGCUCUGGGCUGACACCAAUAAUGACACGGGCACUACGGCGCAAAUUUCAGAUGGCUCACCCGAAGAGUCCCUCACCUGCACGGUUGAGUGCUGCAAACAGCUUUGAUGAAAAGUGAAAAGGAAAGUAGGU